AAAAAAGGGAGUAAAAGCUCACAACUAAGUUUACUUCUAAAAUAUAAAAAAACCCAUCAUCUAUACAAAAAGGACAUAGCCUUAGCCAUACCGCUUUUUAUAUUUUUUCAACGUUGCAUAGUUGCAUUCAUCUCCUUCCCGUUGCAAGUUUAUACAUCCACGAGUUAAACGUCAAAAAUGUGCAAUGAAGUAAUUCUAAUAUUUCCAACAUAAACUUUUACAAAAACAAAACAAUUUCAGAGAAAAGAAAAAAAACACUCAUACGCCCAGGUGACCGAACAAAAAAGAAUUAAUUUCAGUUUAGAAAUGCAAUUUUAGAUUAAAAGGACAUCACAGUGAUUAUAUAUACAUUGUAUUUGAGUGCAUUUCUCGGUUUUGUGGUUUUGGUUUAUAUUUCGUUUAUGUUGGACAUUCGCCAAAUUUCGGAUGUGUAUGAUAUAAUUGCAACAAAUUUGCUCUAUGAUAUCCUUAAAAACUAAGAUAAAAAUCUGUUCAUCCCGUGGGUAGAUGUUUUUUUUUUUUUUGCUUUUUUUCUUAUUGAAUCGUGUUGUUGUCCCUUUUAUUAUUGUGAUGAAAAUAAUUACGUUCAAUUGAAUAAGUUUUGCAAAUAAAUUUCUCAAAUGGAGUCAAAAUCUGACCGGAUAUCUGGCUGCCACAGAAUAAAUAAUAGCACAGUAAUUGGAGAAGUAGAUCUUCCAGAUACUCAAAUGUUGCUACAUUCUUCACUAGUUAUCUUCAUCUAUCUCCGCUGGAUGCAAGAAAAUUCCACAUUACUCAAUAACUUUCCAUAGCUGUAGCUUAAAUUUUUUGAGUACCUAUACACACUUUUUGAAAUCCCGAAAUCCAUCAGAUAUAAAAUAACCUAUCAUGGAUUGGACUUGGGCUGUUCGUGGAGUUACCCAGGAGAUACCACGAAAUGCCGGAUUAGAAUGCCUUAACUACAUGACAAAUCGACGUCGCAUUAUUGAAUCGAUAUUUGUAACAAUAUUAUGCAUAAUGGUUAUGCGAUGGGCCUACAAACGUAUGGAUCGCAUCGAACUACCAUCCAAACCACAUCGGCCACAUUCAAUCACAAGACUCUUCCUUCUUAUCCUUAUGAGUUUUAUAUUUGGAGUUGAGUUUGGAUUCAAAUUGGCCCGAGAAUCUGUGAUAUUUGUAUUGAAUCCAUGUCAUGUGCAAACGAUAGUCCAAGUUUACCUCUUGGCAGCGAAGCCAAGUAAACUAACAAUAACCCUGUUUAGGAUUCAAAUGAAUUUCUUAAAUGGGCCGUUCCUGGCUUCCUUGUUUCCUGAAAUCGAAAACAGAACUUAUGCUUUUCAAAAGUGUACUUUUUGGAUACAACAUGCACUGUUGUAUUUUAUACCAGUGUAUAUUUUAAGAAGCGGUGCCUACAAAUCGGAGAAAUUGAUGGACUUAAAUUGGGCAGCAAUAAGCAUGGCGAUAAAUUUACUUUAUCAUUUCAACUUUUUGGCUCCAAUGUCAGUGUUAACUGGAGUAAAUCUCAACCAUAUGCUGUGUGCAGCAAUUGCUGAUCCCUUCCAAGGUGAAAACUAUCGAGUGUAUGCUGUGAUACAUCAGUCAAUUUUGUGCCCUCUCCUCAAUAAACUAACCUUCCUUAUAUUUGCAAAAUCAGAUGAAAAAGUUGCAUAUCUCAAAAAAUAACACACAAGGAGUGCAAGCUCUCGAGCUAACUAUAAUACCGUCUACCAAAACCGAUUAGUAUUAUUAAAUAAUUCAAUUCGUAAUUUAUAGUAUAGGUUUAGUUUAGUUAAACAAAAAACAAAAGAAAUAAAAAAAUAAUAAAUAAAAAUGACCUGCGGUAUGUAUAAAAAAAAAUAUAGGUUAAAGCCAUUGUAUAAAUUAUGUGCAUUGGAAGAAAACACUUAAAGCUUAAAAAAUAAAAAUUUUGUUAAAUGAAUAAGCUACCUGCUGAUUAAAAUACAUAUAUAAUAAAUAAGGUGAAGCUACAAAAUACUUCUCCAAUGAUCUUUUGAAAACAAAAUUUUAAAAGCCUUUCAAACUCUGCCAAAAUUCCAACCAAGCAAAAUACCAAAGUCUGCACUCAAGCACUCUUCAUCCAAAACCACCAACCUACUUGUGGAUGCUAAAGGUUCUUAAGGUAGGUGUGUAAACUAAAAAAUAGCAUCGUAACCGUAAAUCGUUUAAGCGAAAGUCAGCCAUUUUGGAUUUUGAUGAAACCAAGGCGAACAAAAUUUUGUAUCAUAACAAGCUUGAUGUAAAGCCAUUUUUAUUUUGCUAAAGUGGUUUAGAAAGUUGGGCUACCUAGUCUAUAUCUGCCCUUGUGUAUAUGUAUACCAUGUUAAGUUAUAUAGCAGCCAGAAGAAAACAAAAAAAAUAAAUAAAGAAAUUCCAAAAUUGUGAUUGUUAUAGAGGUUAAAUUUAAGCUUAAAUGAAUUAAAUUGUAAGUAGGUAAACUAUAUAAAAGAAUUAAACAUUAAAAAUAUAGAUCAGAAAUGUUGCAUAAAAAU